UCUUGUGUAGAUGAACGCUUGGAUUUUUUGGACCAGAAAGUGAGCAAUCAAUCUCCAUCAAACAGUAGUUUACCUUGUUGGGUUGAAAAAUUGAUCGAUUGUUCUCGAAUGUGUGUGGUCACCUGUCCAACUGUGUCCAGACUACGCAAUCUAAUCAGCACCCCCCUCAGAAACACCUUCCCUCUCCCCCCUCCAACCCCCCUCAGCAGUCCCCACCCGAGUAGACGAAGACCAUCACAAUUCAAACGCAAUUCCAGCACGACUACUGAAGCAACCAUUGCUGCAAUUGAUAAACAAGUGCUAACAACGACGACAGCUGUUCCUUCUUCCAAGAACGACUACGUUUAUGGAAUAAAGUGGACUCGCAGUGGACACCAACUGUCCACAGUUGACAUGAAUGAGGGGGGUGUGAUGGUAGGCGAGAAGAAGAUGCCACCCGCUACUAUUUCCCUGAAGGGUGGGGACUCAAAUGUGUCCAUCGAUUUCUCAAUUGCGCAAGACAUUAUCUUCACCAAUUACAUCUUGGUCGCAUGUGUGUUGACAAUCCUCUGUCUAACUGUGCUCUCUGUGGCCUUCCUCAUUCUGUGGAAAACGACAGGGACAAGGGGGGACUACAGCCAGCCACCACCACAGCCCCCCUUGCCGUAUAGUGUCCCCCCAACUGUCGCCUCACUUGAUAACUUUUCAUCAUGCACUUACAACGAGAGUGACUUGGAGCACAACGGAGAAUAACAAACAACACGUGAACUAAGUUUCACUUUGGAGUACAAUGCCCGAGUUGCCCACCAUGAAAGAUAAUGAUGUCUUAUGUUCCUAAACUCAAAAACUAUGUAGAUAAAAAGAAUCUAGCUAAUUUUUCCUAUGCCGCAAAACAGUACAAAUUGGAU